UGUCACCGUGCAGCUGGUUCGAAAUUGAAGUUUAGAUUUUUCAUAUAAAUAUUUGUCUCACGGUGCAGAAUAUUGUCAUUGCUUCUGUGCAGUUUAGUUGGUUUGAAUCGGUUCGUUGCAGGUCAAAUUUCCAGUUACAUAAUGGCAUUUAAGCUGGUUGUUAUCUUUGCUGUCCUGGCCUGUUCCAGUGCAGCUUACCUAGAAGCUGAUCUUCACCACACGGCCCACUACUCACCGGCCUCAGCCGUCAGCUACAGCUCGUUCACCCGAAGCGAACCAGCUCAGCUUGCCAAGACGGUGACCUACGCAGAACCAGCCGUUCACUACGCUGCUCCGGUAGCCAAGACUCUGGCUUAUGCUCAACCUGCUGUCCAUUACGCCGCCCCGGUGGCCAAGACUUUGGCCUAUGCUCAGCCUGCUGUCCAUUACGCCGCCCCGGUGACCAAGACUUUGGCCUAUGCUCAGCCAGCACUCCACUACACUGCACCAGUAGCCAAGACCUUAGCCUACGCCCAACCAGCGGUACACUACUCCGCCCCUCUUGCCACCCAAGCUGUCUCCUAUGCUCAGCCUGCCCUUCAGUACGUGCAUCAGCCAACUUACACCAAAGCCGUUGUUGCCGCUCCAGCCACUUACGCCAAGUCCUACGUCCACCACUCGGCUCCGGUUGCAUACACUGCCCCAGCCGUCGCCAAAACCGUUGUAGCUCAGCCAGUCUACGCCAAUACCGUCGUCCAGCAGCCAACCUACCUGAACACUCUUGCCACGCAGUCUGUGUACGCUCAUGCUGCACCAGUGGUUGCCGCCAAGACCUUGACCUACGCCGCCGCCGCCCCGGAGGCUCACGUUUCGCAUGUUAGCUUCCAGGAUGCUAGCUCCCACUACGCUUGGUAAACCGGGUUCUGUGGUAGACAAUGAUAUUCAUGAUAAUAUCUACUGCAUCUAUGACGCAGUCCAUUUACCAAAUUCACGCAAAAUUUGAUUGAUUAUAUAUAUAUUUGUAGAUCAACGAAUCAAAA